AUGAGCCUGGAGGAAGCAGCGAAUUCCUCGGCAGCCGCACGCAAUAAAGACGGCCUACCGACCGUACCGAAGCGCCAAUUCGGAUUUCGCAAAUCCUUCAAAAAGUUCACGGGAACCAAAUCAGCACCACUUGAACCUGAACCCACCGCCGUCUCCGUUCAUCGCCAAUGCAAUAUAUCCGAAUACUCGCCCUGCAACUCGAUAAUUAAUGACACAUCUGCGUUUCUUGAGGGAUCCGUGGCCGCGAGUGAAAGCCUCACCACACCGUCCACAGGCGAUCAACUUCAAGUGACAGAUGGCGAGUCAUUCCUAUCAGUCCCGGGCGCCAAAAACUGCGAACCGCUGGUGCCAACAGAGAGCUUGAGAAACCUCGUUCUUGAGAAAACGGACGCAUCGAGUCCCAACCGAGGGACUGGAGGCCACUCAAUCAAGGCCGCAGAGUCGGACGGAGUCCCUUGCCAGGACAUCACAACUAUCCCCGAGACUCUAUGGGGUCGAGCAUACGACGGUCUUCGAUCUUCCAAAGAUCCUGAGAAGUUCGGCUUAGUUGUGGACUACGAGCGAAAAGUCCUUGAUGCAUUGAAAACCAAGGUGACAGGUGAGCUCACGAACAAGGCGCUACUCGACAAUGCCAUUGAAGACGCAUUGAAGCAAGCCGCCAAGGGGGAAAGCUCAGCAAGAUUAUCAUUCGACAAGGCUGGCAAAUUGACAUUGGCGCUUCAGAAUUUCAUCAGCGAGGCUGUCAAGGCUUCCACGGAAGUCUCGCUUGUGUGGGCCGGCGUGUGCCUCGUUCUGCCCAUUCUCACCCAACCCGUGAUUGCUGACGAAUCCCAGAGAAACGGGUUCUCGUACGUCACGUCCCGUAUUGGCUUCUGGACCACACUUGAACGUCAGCUUUCCAAUGCCGGAAACUGGACGGAAAGUGUUCAGGAGGAAUUUGUUACUCUUUAUCAGCACUUGCUUGAGUUUCAGGUCCGCACUGUUCUCCGAUAUCACCAGGGCGGCUUUGAACGCUGCGUCGGAGACCUUUCAUCAAACGUAUGGGAACAACUUAUCACGGCAAUCAAGCAUCAAGAGCAGCUUCUCCAUCAGGAUCUGCAGCAAUACCACAACGCCCAUCUUUUAUCCACUGCCGAGGUUCUCAAGCAGAACAGCACGAAAUCUUUGGAGUCGAAUGCCAAGUUUCUUCAAGCACUGCAAGAUGUCCAAGACUCUGUCCGCAAGGACGCUGAGAGUAAGCUCAAGGAGAAGGAGAAGAAGUGUUUACGCCUCUUCCGUCUUACAGACAAUCAAAGAGAUGUUACCUAUGAAUGGUACAAGAGCCGUGUCAAAACACGAGUCGAGGGAAGUUGCAUCUGGGCCGUUGAGCAUGAAAAUUUCCGAAACUGGCUGGAGCUCAAAUCAGGACUACUUCUGAUCACAGCAGACCCGGGAUACUUGAUUCAGCAUGCUGUGGAGGAAUACGACCGCAACGGAGCUGGUGUGGUGGGGACGACAUCGGCACUAUGGCGCAUUUUGAACAACGCAAUCUGUGAUCAGAGUGCAGGUGCCAUCAUCAUAGUGCUUGAUGCUCUCGAUGAAUGCGAGACAAGUGAGUUUAUGCUGUUGGUGGAAAACCUCAACAACGCAGGAGUAAACGCCAAGUUUCUUCUUACAUCUCGUCCGUAUGGGAAUGUGGUUUCCCCUUUCAAGCACGGAGACAUGCUCAACCACUUUCCUCGCGUUCUAAUCCCGGGUGAAUCGGAUGACCAGUCUGAUCAAAUCAGUGCGGAGAUCAAUCGUGUUAUUCAAGUCCGCGUCGAUCAGUUUGCACACAAGCACGAACUCAACGAACGCCUCAGGAUUACUCUAUUGGAAGAACUUACCAAGACACCGCAUCGAACAUAUCUAUGGGUUUAUCUCGUCUUCGACCACUUAGAGACCCUCAUUUCAAGCGAAACUAUUAAGCGCACAGUCCAAGGGUUCAAGGACGCUAUUGAGAAACUUCCGAGGACGGUAGAGGAUGCUUAUGAACGGAUUCUCAACAGGCCUCAGGGUGCCCAACGUACAACACUGCGUCGAGUGUUGUGUGUCAUCCUUGCUGCGCAGCGCCCUCUGACCCUCUCUGAAAUGCAGAUUGUGGUCAACAUGGAACCCGGCAUGAAAUCUGUCGAAGAAUUGGACCUGGAGGAGGAAGAACAUUUCUCAAGACGACUAAAAACAAUCUGCGGUCUCUUUGUCUCAAUUCAUCAGCGCAAAGUGUACUUCCUACACCAAACUGCUAAACAGUUCUUGCAGGCUAAAACGGAACCAUCCACAAUGCCAGGGUCAUGGCGUUCCUCGAUCAGGAGGAAUCAGGCCCAUGCCGAACUUGCUCGGAUUUGCGUGUGGUAUAUAUAUGUUCUAGAGCCUGAUGCCGUUCAUCCCACGGCGACCCAAUCUUCUGCCCACUCUCCGCUCAUUUAUCCGUUUGCGGCUUAUUCGAGUGACCAUUGGAGCUAUCACCUCCGUAACAGCGACUUGGACGAUAAUAUCGAAUUUCUGGCGACAGUGAUGGCCAUCUGUGAGGCUGGCUCCAAACAGUUUCGCACCUGGACUGAGUACUGUGAUGACGGACCAGGGAAUUUGGCGAGCGAGUUUUCCACAAGUCUGAAUGUUGCUGUGGCUCUAGGGUGCCAUGGCCUCGUCUGA